CGGGGCCUGCGGGCGGGGGGCGCCGGCGCCGCCAUGUUCCGGUACCCGUCCCUGGAGGACUGCCCGCUGGACGAGGACGAGGACGCCUUCCAGGCCCUGGGGGAGGAGGAUGAGGACAUCGAUCAGUUCAACGACGACACCUUUGGGGCCGGGGCUGUCGAUGACGACUGGCAGGAGGCCCACGAGCGGCUGGCGGAGCUGGAGGACAAGGGUGUGCCGAGCCGGGACGCGGACGGUCCGGCCGGGAAUGACGGGGACGUGCUGGGCGACCCCGAGGACGCGCUGGCCGAGCGGCUCACGCGCCUCGUCAUCGAGGGCGACCUGGAGGACCCGGCCAUCAUGCAGGCCGUGCACACCAGGGGGCCCACCCAGCAGCCCGGAGCGCUGAAUUCCAGCAUCUGGGACAGCUCGGCCGUGCUGCGGCGCAUCCGGGGGCCGCUCCUCACUCAGGAGAUGCCGUCGGUGUCCGUGCUGGAUUACGCUCUGCCCCAGCGGCCUCCGCAGGCUCGGGAGGAGGAGCGGGACCCCUCGGAGCGGGCGCUGCCCCGGCGCUCCUCGUCCCCCAUCAUCGGGAGCCCCCCGGUGCGGGCCGUCCCCAUCGGCACCCCCCCGAAACAGGCCGCCAUCCCCAACUUCAACCAGCAGAUUCUGUGUCCCAAGCCUGUCCACAUCCGAGCUACCAUGCAGCAGCGCUAUCCCGCUCCCUACGGAGAGAGGAUGUCCCCCAACCAGCUCUGCAACGUUCCGAACUCCUCCCUCCUGGGUCACCCGUUCCCCCACAGCGUCUCUCCCGUCCUCACCCACCUGCAGAGGGCCCAGCUGCUCGGAGGAGCCCAGGCCGGCCGAAUGUCCCCCAGCCAGUUUGCCCGGGUGUCCGGCCUGGUCGGGAGCCCCCUUCCCUCCGUGAAUCCCAAGCUUCUCCAGGGCAGAGUCGGGCAGAUGAUGCCUCCGGCCGGAGGGUUCCGUGCCUUUUUCGGGGCUCCCCCCGCUCCGCCCCCCUCGCAGCUCCCGCACCCUCCGGGCCCCGGAUCCCACCUGAGGUCGGUGCCGUCCCUUUCCCGGCCGCUUCCCGGCUCCCGGUGCCCAUCCCUGACUCUUCCUGCUCUUCCCAGGCCGCAGAUGUUCCGGCCGGACACGACCCACCUGCACCCGCAGCACCGGCGGCUCCUGCACCAGCGGCAGCAGCAGAGCCGGAACCAGCACCGGAGCCUCAACGGCUCCGGAGGGGACCGAGGGGGCCACCGGAGCAGCCAUCAGGAGCAGAUCCGUAAGGAUCCCUAUGCCAACCUCAUGCUGCAGCGGGAAAAGGACUGGGUGUCCAAGAUCCAGAUGAUGCAGCUGCAGAGCACUGAUCCCUACCUGGAUGACUAUUACUACCAGAAUUACUUUCAGAAGCUGGAGAAGUUGGCAGCGGCCGAGGAGGUGCACGGGGAUGGUCCCAAGAAGGAACGCACCAAACUCAUCACCCCUCAGGUGGCCAAGCUGGAACACACCUACAAACCAGUGCAGUUCGAGGGCUCGCUGGGAAAACUCACCGUGUCCAGCGUCAACAACCCCCGGAAGAUGAUCGACGCCGUGGUGACGUCCCGCAGCGAGGAUGACGAGACGAAGGAAAAGCAGGUGCGGGAUAAGCGCCGACAGACCCUCGUCACGAUCGAGAAGACGUACAGCCUCCUCCUGGACGUGGAGGACUACGAACGCCGGUACCUCCUGAGCCUGGAAGGGGAAAGGCCGGCCCUGAUGGGAGAGAGGAAGCAGAAGAUCUGCGACAUGUACGACAAUCUGAGGGGGAAAGCGCCUGGCCAGGACAGGCCGAGUGACGACCACUUCAUGCAGAUCAUGUGCAUCCGGAAAGGAAAGCGCCUCGUGGCCCGGAUUCUCCCGUUCCUGGCCCCGGAGCAAGCGGCCGACGUGCUCAUGGCCACGGCCAGGAACCUGCCCUUCCUCAUCAAGAAGGAUGCUCAGGAUGAGGUGCUUCCCUGCCUGUUGAGGCCCUUUUCCCACGUCCUCUACCACCUUCCCUUGGGAACAGUCACCAGCCUUGUGCAGCAGCUCACGAACCUACCUCAGAGCGCCGCCGCUCCCACCAACCUGCACCUCACUGCUGUGCUCCAAAACAAGUUCGGUCUGUCCCUGCUGUACUUGGUCCUGAGCCGGGGGGAGGAAUUGCAGAGCUCGGACACGAACACGGAGCUGAUCCAGGACAACCAGUGGACGGAGCUGAUGCUGAUGGCCACCCGGGAGCUCCUGCGGAUCCCUCAGGGAGCCUUGGCCAAGCCCGUGUCCAUCCCCUCCAACCUGAUCUCCCUCUUCUCUCGUUACGUCGACCAGCAGAAGCUGAACUUGCUGGAGACCAAAUUGCACUUAGUGCACGGGAUCCGGUAGAUCUCCGUGGCUCCUCGCCACCACCGGGAUGUUCCAGAGGAAGGCUGGAAGGAAGGAUGGAUAAAUGGAUGGAUGGAGGGCACACGGUUCACCCCACACCCCCCAACGCCCGGCCUGGCACGAGGGGCACAUGCUGCCCCCCCCCAAAUUCCUGGAUGAGUGGGAAAAGGGGGAUGUUUGGCUGCUCCCCUCUUUUCCCACAAAGCGCUGCCUUUCCCUGCUGCUCCUAAAUUCCCACUGAGUCCCUCUGCACCCCCAAGCUGCUGCUUCUCCCCCGAACUCUCACACUACUGAGGAUCCCGGAAAGGGGGAGCCCCUGGCUCCACAUCCUUGGGAUGCCAGGGGUUCCCCCUUCCUUCCCUGCUCCUUCUCCAGCCCUUCCCAGUCCCGCUCCCAGCCUUUCCCAAGGUGAUCACACGUCACACACCUGUUUUGCACACUUGCUGCGUCUUCCCAAAAUUCAGCUCCUUCCCUCACCCCCGGGAUCAGCCCCAGCAGCUCCAGGGGUGGUUCAGCCAGGCCUUUGUCCCCUUCCCAAUCCGGGUGGAUCCAGCUGCUCCUCGGGAAGGUGGUGGUGGUGGUUGGGGGAUAAUUUUACCUUUUUUUUUUUUUUUUUUUUUGCUUUUAAAAAGAAAAAAAAACAAACCAAGAGAUUUGCACAUGUAGGGAUUUUACACCAGGAAUUCCUCCCGGCAUUAACCAGCCCCACCCCCCCUGCUGCUCCCAGCCCUUUCCCCCUUAUUUUCCUCUGACAGAUCAAGUGGAAAGUUCAUUUAUUAUUAUUAUUAUUAUUAUUAUUAUUAUUUUAUUUUUUGCCUUUUUUUUUUUCUUUUUUUCCCUACUCUUUUUCUGCUUUUUCUUCUGCUGUUUCCUGGGUUUUUUCUGCCUUUUUUUUUUUUUGUGCUUUUCGGUUUGAUUUUUUAUUUCUCUCUUCCCUCUUUUUGUUUUGCUUUUUUUCUUCUUCUUUUUUUUUCCCUUUUUCUUCUUCUAUUUCCUCUUUUGCUUUUUUUUUUUUGUUUGUUUGUUUGUGUUUUUUCUCUUCCCCCUCCCCUCCCCACCCGCCUUCCCACUUUUUUUCGUUCUGGUUAAUGAGAAUAAAAGUUUCUAAAUUUACAUUUUUAUAGGGUAUUGUAAAUAAAGAUGACUUGUAUACUGCU